UCCAGGACCUAAUGCUUCCAGACGAGAAGAUGUGUGCAUUGUUGAACAGACCCCAAAACAAGAGUGGGUUCAAGCCACUGCCUGUCGUGAUCAUAGGGAAUGGACCUUCGGGAAUCUGUCUCUCAUAUUUUCUGUCAGGCUAUAUCCCUUACUUCAAAAGAGACUGUCUUCAUCCUCAUCCCAUUCUUCAGAGGAAACUGGAAGAGGCAUCAGAUGUCUCCAUUUUGGACCAGGAUUUGGAGUAUCUGUCUGAAGGCUUGGAGGGACGAUCCCACAGCCCUGUGGCUCUUCUGUUUGAUACUCUGCAACGUCCAGACACGGACUUUGGUGGAACAGCGGAAUCUGUCCUCACUUGGUGGUAUGAGACUGACAGAGCCAUCCCCCACCUGGUCCUUGGCAGAAACGCUCCUGGAGGUGCCUGGCAUUCUAUUGAGGGCUCUAUGGUUACCCUGAGCAGAGGUGAAUGGAUGGGACUCCCAGACCUCCCAUUCAAGGACUGGCUAAAGCAAAAGGGAAGAGGCCUCAGAAACAAUAGAGCCACAGCAGGAGACAUUGCUCAAUAUUACCAACACUAUGUGAUGAAGAAAGGACUGCAGAAGAAUUUCAGAUGUGGUACUGUUGUGACCUCUGUGAGGAAAGUGAGUGCAGAGAGCAUCUCCAACCAUGCACAGAAAGAUCUGCGGAAGAGUAGUGACUCACUCUGGAACUUCAAUGAGAAAAGUACGGAGAUCUUUCAGGUGGAUGGAUUUUUCAAAACUGUGAAAGGUGAUAAAGAGCACUUUUCCAUCUACGCAGAGAAUGUGGUCUUAGCUACAGGAACAUAUGAUAGUCCUACCUGGCUUGGGGUCAAGGGAGAGAACCUGUCCUAUGUCCAUCACCAGCUGUCUGCCCUAGAGGAAGCAGUGAAGAGCAACAGCAUCGGCAUCAUGUCAGAUCCGGUCUUGAUUGUAGGUGCUGGUCUGACAGCUGCUGAUGCGAUUCUCUUUGCUCACCAUUGCAAUAUUCCAGUAAUCCAUGUUUUUCGGAGAAGAGUCAGUGAUCCAGGUCUUAUUUUUAACCAGCUCCCCAAAAUGAUGUACCCUGAAUACCACAAAGUCCAUCAGAUGAUGAAAGAACAGUCAGCUGCUUGUGCUGGGCCCUAUGAGUGUUACGUUAGCCUUCCUGAACAUCACGUGCUAUCCUUUGGCAAGGACAAGAAAUGUAUCUUUCAAGACAAGAACGGCUACCAGAAAGUUUAUAAAAUUUCCAUGGCUCUUGUUCUAACUGGCUCAAACCCCAACCUCUCCUUUCUGCCAAAUAACGGCAUUGACUUGGCAAUGGACAGUGACCAACCAGUCAACCCAAAGAGGAAUCCCAUAGAUGUUGACCCAUUCACCUAUGAAUGCACUCAGGAGAAAGGACUUUACGCCCUAGGACCUCUAGCUGGAGAUAACUUUGUGCGCUUUGUGCAGGGAGGGGCUCUGGCUGUUGCCAGCUCUCUGUUAAAGAAAGCAAACAAAAAUCCCCCCUAA